CAGCAUCAUCUAAUUCGUCUUCCUCAGCCGCAGCUCCCACGCCUGCCCCCUCGCCCCUUCACCGGAUUGCAACUAUGGUUUUUUUUUCUUCUUCUUUUUUCCCCUUCAGAUUUCUUGAUCCUCUUAUGUGUUUUAGUUUUUUCCUGGCUAUUCAUGAUUUCAUCAUAAUUUUGACGGGAAAUUAAUCUCAGUGAAAUAAGUAAGUUCAGUUGAUCUGAAUCAAAUUAUAAGUAGGUAGGACUGUAGGAGUGGCUUCCUUAAGGGCCGAUCCAAAAUUUUGGGAGGCCGUGCCUCUACAGAAGGCACUCUUUUUGGGAUGAAGCAAAUAGUCAUAAUGAAGUGAGAGAGUUUAGAAUCCUAGCAGGUUUGGUUUGGUAUGGAUGGAAAAUGAUUCUUACUUAAGAUGUUCCUGAACAAUAUAUACCCAUUGGUUUUUUGCAAAGUAGCGCUUAAAUGUUUUUUUUGUAAAUCUUGGGCUUUUCAGCUGUAGAAGGUUUUGAGCUACCAGAUGGAUUACUAGAUGUAGAUAAAGAAAUGAUAGUGCAUUGGGAAUUUACUGGGUCUGUUGUUGCUGAUCAUUCUAUACAGAUUUGCAUGAUCAUCUUAUACUGCGGGUUGGUGUAAAAAAGUAGAACACAAUCACGCCCACCAGUCAUGUGGAACAAAGGAAUAUCCAUGACACACUACUACCCAAAUGAAAUAGAUAUAAUUUUCAUAAACACACAAUGAAAGCCAUUACAAACUUGAAGAAACCUUAUUUCCCAUCUAGAACCACUGCUGCGUUUACCACUCAACAAACUCUAAAUCCCAUUUCUUUUCACCAUGAUUCCCAAAAUAUAAGUGAAACCCAUUUCAUUUCUCUUAUCCACUCGUCUGAAUCCACCCGCAAGCUCAAAUCCAUCCACGGCCAAGUCAUCCGCCGUUUCCGCAACAGUGCCGAUACCAGAAUCACCACCCAGCUUAUCUCCGCCUCUUGUCAGCGCGGCUCCGUCAGUUAUGCCCUCUCAGUUUUCCAAUCUUGUGGUUGGAACUUGUUCGUUUUCAAUGCAUUGAUCAGGGGACUUUGUGAAAAUUCAUGUUUUGAGACCUCCAUCAGGCAUUUUAAGCUCAUGUUAAGUCUUGGUGUGCGGCCUGAUCGGCUUACACUUCCGUUUGUGUUGAAGUCUGUUAUCGGUUUUGGUGCUAAACAGUUGGGGGUUGUCGUUCACUGUGGGGUUCUUAAAAUGGGCCUUGAUUGUGACUCAUUUGUGAGGGUUUCUUUGGUUGACAUGUAUGUGAAAAUUGGAUCGUUUGAUUCUGCCAUGCAGCUGUUCGAUGAAAGUCUUGAGAGGAAUAAGGUUGAGAGUGUGCUGCUAUGGAAUGUGGCAAUCAAUGGAUGUUGCAAGGGUGGGAAGGUGAGAAAGGCUGUGGAGUUGUUUGAAGCAAUGCCACAGAGGAAUAUUGGUUCAUGGAAUUGCUUGAUAGAUGGCUUGAUGAGAAGUGGGGAACUGGACAAGGCACUUGAGCUUUUUGAUGGGAUGGAGGAGAAGAAUGUGGUUUCAUGGACAACUGCGAUUCAUGGGUUGAUGCAGAAUGGUCUUCAUGAGAAGGCUCUGCAGUUGUUCUUUAAGAUGGUAGACGAAGGAGUCAAGCCGAAUGACUUGACUGUCGUUUCUGCUCUCUCUGCCUGUGCCAAAAUGGGGGCACUUGAAUCCGGGAUAAAAAUCCACAAUAACAUGUUGCGCAACAGGUUCAAGAUGAAUGCUGCCGUUGGAAAUGCUUUGUUGGAUAUGUAUGCCAAAUCUGGGGAUAUUGAGUCUGCUUGCCGGGCGUUCAAGGGCAUAAAAGUGAAGGACGUGCGCACUUGGGGUGCCAUGUUGUGGGGCUGGGCAAUACAUGGAUGUGUUGACAAGGCCAUUCAGUGCUUUGAAGCAAUGAACCUGUCAGGAGCCGUACCAGAUGAAGUUGCUCUCCUAGCAGUUCUAACUGCUUGUUCGCAUGCUGGAAGGGUGGAUCAGGGUCUUGAGAUUUUCAAUAGCAUGAAAGCAAAUUACUCGGUGGUCCCCACCAUGAAACAUUAUGCUGCCAUAGUUGAUCUCUACGGCAGGGCAGGCCGGCUGGAUGAGGCUUUGAGAUUUAUUGAGAGCAUGCCAUUGGAUCCCGACUACAUCAUAUGGGGGGCACUCUUUUGUGCAUGCAGAGCUCAUAAGAACAUCGAACUGGCAAAAUUUUCCGCAGAUAAAAUCCUGGAGCUCGAUUCAAAGCAUUCUGGGAGCUAUGUCUUUCUUUCAAAUGCUUAUGCUGCUAUUGGGAGGUGGGAUGAUGUCGAAAGAGUAAGAACUGCGAUGAGGAGUAAAGAUGUAGGGAAAGAUCCUGGAUGGAGCUCUAUUGAGGUGGAUGGUAAAGUGCACACCUUUAAAGUUGGGGAUCGCGCUCACAGCCUAGCACAUGAGAUAUAUUCAAAAUUGGAGGACCUAACGGCCGAUGCUAGACUACAAGGGUACGCGCCUGAAACUGAGUGGGGCCCUUCAUAACAUUGAGGUUGAAGGAAAAAAAAAGGAAGCAAAUCAUGAUGAAAGUCGGCACUUCUAUUCGGGCUUCUUGGCAGUGGCAGAGGCAGACGGAAACGGUAUGGGUAUGGCACCCCCACCCCCCCACCCCCGGGGUGGAGGGGGGGGAUUCCAACAAAGGUACUCCAANCCCCCCCCCCCCCCCUCUCAAGAACACAAUCCUGCCACUGCUUCUUAGCUCGGAUUUUAGUACAAUCCUCAGUAUAGUCAAGAAGAUGAGGGUCUGCAGGGAUUGCCAUUCUCUGAUAAAAGUAUGUCAUUAGUAUCAGCCCAAGAGAGAUUUGAAGAGAUUCCAUCUUUUAAAAGAUGGUGUUUGCUCAUGCCAGGAUUACUGGUAACAUUGUUAACAUUCAGGGUGCUCAGAAAGGCGCAUGCUUCUUAUAGGGUCAUUUGUGAGAAAAUAUUCAUAGCUGAAAGGGAUACAUAAUUAUACUGUGAAUAAAAGCAUUGGUGAUUAUUACUCCAUCCAUCCCAUAGUUAUCUUUCAGCUUUCUUCUUUGGGAUGUUUCCAAUUUUUCUUCCACUUUCUCCUUAAGAAAAAGUUUGCAUGGUCCAUAUUGUUUCUAUUUCUUCUACACAAACCACCACCACAUAAGUUCUAGGAGUACUUUAUUAAGAAUAGUGUCAAUCACAAACAUGAAGAUAAUCAUGGGACGGAGGGAGCAUCAAUUUUUCAUUAGACACCUAAUUCAAGUCAAUGAUUUUCUAAUGUCAAAUCUUUGCUUCAUCUAUAUUCAUGCACCCAGAAAAUUCAAUUUUGUAUGCACACGACUGGGUAAUCAGAUAAAAUACUCCGUAACAAUUUUUUGUUGCAGGGAGUGUUUUGCAGGAAAGGGUGUGCCUUCGAUUGGGACACUUGGGAGCAAGUGGUUGAAUAGUAGCAAUGGUACGUGAUGAGAGACGAGACUGUGGUAGUGGUGGAACUAGCGGUUGGCGAUAGAGACUGAUGGCGGCGGGGGCGGAUUUGUAAUUUAUUUUGUUUCUAAAUUGUAAACAGAAAUUAAUUGUAUUAAAAUUUUGAAUGAAGG